AUGGGUGUUGAGAUGAACGGGGGAUCCUCCGGACUGAUGGUGUCGUUCUCUGCUCGGAUGAUCGGUUUGGUCGUGUGCUUUGUUGCCUUAUCGUGGCACGGAUGUCAAGCCGUCAGAGUGGGAGUGCUUUUGAGGAGAGGCCACAAUGACGUAUGGCGUGAGUACGAGGAUGCCAUGACGAACUUCAACAACAGCGAUGUGGCCAGUCGGCUCGGCAUCGACAUCAAAACUCACAGAGCCACGUUUGACGACAACCUGUUUAUCACGGCCCAAGAAUUGUGCAAGCAACUGAACGCCGGCGUCACGACGGUGCUUCUGCCAAGCAAGGGCUUCUCGGACGCGGCUCUGUACUCACUCUUUGGAAGCACCAACGUUCCGCGGAUUACCACCACCGUUCAGCAGCGAUGCGGAUCCAAAGAUCCGCCGGUGCUCCAAGAGGACGUCUGGAACGAGACCACCACCUGGGCUCCGUCGUCGACCUCGACUCUGCCGCCGUGGUUUUCCGACGGCACCACGACGGAAAGAACGCCCGACGACGAAGAGGACCCGACGACGCUCGGAGUCACCAUGAUGCCUGAUCUUGCCCCCGCGGUGAUAGAACUCGCGGACGUGUGGGGCUUCGAGUCCCUCGUCUUCGUGUACGAUUCGGACCACGCGCUGGUCACGCUUCAGCAGUUCAUGGACUCGGGCAGGGUCCGCGUUCAGCAGGCGAGGCGCGUCAGCCGGAGUGCCGAGGCGCAUUCCAUGCUCAGCAGCCUGGAGAAAGGCGACCAGCACGGCCGGAAGCUGGUGGUGCUGGACUGCGCCUACGACCUCGCCAAGGACAUCGUCAUCCGCCACGUCCGUGACGUGUACAUGGGGCGGAGGAACUACCACUACGUGCUUGUGAAACCUAUCGUGAGCGAGCGGUACUUGGAAGGUGUGUCGGAGUUCGCCGCCCUCAACAUCACGGCGUUUAGGUUUCAAAACACUGAGGGAAUAACGCAAGCGUACAACUACAACUACAGGACGACGGCAGAAGAGGCGGCGUUGGUGGACGCGGCGCAGCUGAUCAUCAACGCUUACCGAACCCUCAAGGAAGAUCCUCCGCCCAAGAACGCGGACCUGUUCGAAGAUCGCGUCAGCUCCGGGUACUCCGGGGGCACGUCUUGCGGUCGAGUGGCCUACCUCACCAAGGACCAGGGCCAAGUGGUCGACGCGUACCUCAAAAACGAAGAUCCCUACCUCAUGGUGAAGAACAAAAAAUACGAGACCGACGGCACUAACCAGACCUACGAAGGGUUUUGCAAGGAUCUGAUUGAUGCCAUCAGCCGCUUGACAGGCAUCAAGUACCAGCUUCAUCUGGUCAAAGAUGAUCACUACGGCAGCGUUUCUAUCGACGGCUGGAACGGAAUGAUUGGCGAAAUUGUCAGCAAUGAUGCAGACAUUGCCCUGGCUGGCCUGACCAUCACCAGUGCCCGAAAGAACGUCGUGGACUUCACUCACCCCUUCCUGACGUCCGGAAUCGCUGCCCUGAUCAAGAAGCCGUCCAAACUCCAGAAAGGAGUUGGCGUCAACACCUUCCUAGCUCCGUUCGAGUUGCAUCUCUGGAUUGGCUUGGGCGCCUCGUUGGGGGCAGUGCUCCUCUUCUUGUUCAUCUUCGGAGCUGCAGUGAUGAAGAACGACCACUGCUGUUACCAGGCCGGCGACGAAGACGUGUCCAAGGACGCAGUGCUCAAAACUGUCUGCGAGUCCUUGGAGAUGGUAGCUCCGCUGCCCACAGGCAGCUUCAUGGCCAGGUCCAUCUCGGGUCGCAUCGUGAGCAGUUUCUGGUGGAUGUUUGUCGUGCUCGUGUUUUCGACGUACACGACCACGCUGACGCCUCUGCUGACGCUGAGAGACGCCGAAUACAGCAGCAUCAGCACUUUGGAGGAGUUGUCCAUGCAGAACAAAGUCAAGUUUGGAACGCUGAGGACGGGGGGCGUUCAGGAGUACUUUGAGGAGUCCCAGUACCGGACUAACAAGCUGAUAUGGGAGGCGAUGAAGACGGAGAGACACGUCUUGGUUGGUACGCGCCAGGAGGGCGUCGGGCGAGUGCGAUCGUCGGACGGCAAAUACGUGUUCUUCACCGAAUCCUUGUUUGCGGACUAUGUCAACGGACGUCGGCCCUGCGACACCAAGGUGAUCGGAGAGGUCUUCGCCACGCAGUACUUCGGCCUUGCCGUGACGCCGGGCUCGCCCCUGAGGGAGAAACUGAAUGAGGCCAUCGUCAACAUGACGGAGUCCGGGGAGAUCGACGAGAUGAAGGCGAAGUGGUGGGCAUCGGAGUGCGACGCCCCACCUCCGGACGAACCGAUGCGUCUGGAGCUGUUCCUCCACAUCAUCUUCUACUUGGCUUGCCUGCUGAUCGUCGGCAUCGCCGUGGCCCUCCUCGAGCUUCUAGUGAGAGGCUGCAACAAGUGGAGGUUUUCCAGGGUUAAGAGGAGCGCCUCGUCGAGAAUGAUGCAAGAGCCGGACGCGCCCCUGAAGACCAUCACCUGA